AUGGAGACCGUGCUCAAGGUUCUGAAAGACGGUCUUUCGACUCUCCAUGUUCCUUAUCCAUAUGGUUUUGCGAUCAUCCUCUUAACAGUUCUGAUUAAGGGGGCCACUUUUCCUCUUACAAAGAAGCAAGUCGAAUCUGCACUUGCAAUGAGGUCACUUCAACCUCAAGUGAAGGCUAUUCAAGAACGACAUGCUGGGGAUCAGGAAAGGAUACAACUCGAAACUGCCCAUUUAUAUAAGUUGUCUGGCGUUGAUCCACUUGCAGGGUGCUUGCCUACUCUUGUAACAAUACCAGUCUGGAUUGGUCUAUACAAAGCUCUCUCCAAUGUAGCUAAUGAGGGACUUCUUACGGAAGGCUUUUUUUGGAUACCUUCUUUGGCUGGUCCAACAACAAUUGCUGCUCGAGAAAGCGGCCAAGGAAUAUCCUGGCUUUUUCCAUUUACGGACGGACAUCCACCACUUGGUUGGUCGGACACUAUGGCAUACCUUGUUCUACCAAUUCUUCUGGUUAUUUCACAAUACGUAUCUGCUCACAUAAUGCAAUCAUCACAGAGCAAUGAUCCUAGCCAGCAAGGUGCACAAGCUGCAGUGAAGUUCCUGCCUUUGCUAAUUGGUUAUUUUGCUCUUUCCGUUCCUUCUGGAUUGAGUCUAUAUUGGCUUACAAAUAAUCUCCUUAGCAGUGCACAGCAGGUGUGGCUUCAAAAGCUUGGAGGUGCCAAAAAUCCUGUCCAAGAAUAUAUUGACAAGCUUGCUAGAGAGGAAUCAACUAAUGUUGGAAAGUAUGAACCUGCUGACAAGAGUGAGGCUCUCCCAAAAGCUGGUCCAGCCCAGCCUGGUCAAGUGCCAAAACCAAGCGAACCACAGCGUGGUGGAAGGUUUAAGAAAUUAAUGGAAGAAGAGUCAAGAAGGAAACAACUUCUGGAACAAGCAAAACAAAUUGAAGAGGCAAGCAUCGACUCUGUUGCCAUUGAUGGGAAACAGAAUUUUGACAGCUCUGCUCCAGACACCCAAGAUGAGCAGGAGGAAUCCCAUGAAAAUGAACCGAUUUCAGCUAGUAGCAAUGCCGGACUUAGCCAUGAUACACACGAAGCAACCCCAAACAGGAACACGGAAGAGGGAACAAUUCAGGAAGCGACCGACACUGACAGCCAUUCUUCAGUAAGCAAUGCUACUUCCCCCUCUGACGAUAGAUUGAGAGGCCAAGAUGAGGAUGGUAAAGACACACAGUAG